AUGACAUCAGAGUUGAGGACCACCAAAGAUGUUUUAGUGUCUUCGCUAUUUGAGUUAUCGAAAGCAGCACAAGAAGCUGCAAAUGCAGCUGUUGAUUUCUAUAGAGUAGCUACAGGCGGAGAAGAGGAUGUUACUACUGAGCAAUUACACCAAAUUCAAGAAGCUAUGAAAAUUGCUGUUUCAGCUACUACUGGUAUCAAGCGUGAAUUGCCUCAAAGUAAUGUUAAUGGAAAUGAAAAAGUUAAAAAGAAAAAAGUUGAAAGAGACCCAAAUGCUCCAAAAAAGCCAUUGACGAUGUUUUUCGCUUUUAGCUUCCAUUUGCGGAAAUUGAUUGCUGAAGAAAGGAAAAAAAAGGAUUUGCCCAACCUUAGUGCUAUCGAUAUGAACUCAAUGAUCAAGGAUCGUUGGGACAAUAUCACCAGUGAAGAAAAAGCAAGAUGGAAACAAAAAUAUGACGACGAAAUGAAAACCUACAAUUUGGAAAAGGCCAAAUACGAACAAAGCUUGAAAGACGGAUCUUAUUAUAAGGCUCCUCCUGCUCCUUAUGCUAGUGGAUACACCGGGCCCAAUCCAGUUUUAAUAACUCCAAGAGCUGAAGAAAUUGUGGAAGAGGACGAUGAUGAAGAAGAAAUCGAUGAGCCCGUGCAAAUCCCAAUUUUGAGUCAAGAAGAAAAGGAAAGAAAGAAGAAGAAGAAGGCUGAAAAGAAGGAAAAGAAGAAGAAGCUUGCAUUUGCUUCACAAUCCCCUCACUGA